GGCUGGAAUGCAAAUCAAGUUCAUUUAGGUUAGCACAAGCAAAUUGAAGUGUAAAGUGGAAGUGCAGAAGACAACAUAGCAAUAAAAAGUUCAUGCCACAUACAUAAUUGCAUGAAAAUAUGCAGCAGCACCACUACAAGAAACCCUUGUGCAUGAUAUUCUUGCUGUCUCCAUGUAGCAGAGAAGAGCAAUUAUAAAACGCUUCGACAUGUUUGAAUCGUUUCGUAAUAGCAAGUCUUAAAAUAUGCCAAACUGAAGCCACGAAAUCUGAAUAAUCAAAAGAAUGUCCUUCCGGUACACAGAAGCAAUAGUCUGCAGACUUCCUGACGACCUAUCUUCGAAGGUGGAUUUGAGAAAAUGUAGAGCAGAGUUUGAAGAAUACAUCACAGUGUUAAGGGACGCAGGAGUGGACGUUAUUGAGCUACCCCCACCUGAACAGGCUAAUCAGUCGCCUUUUGUCGGAGAUAUUUGCUUCAUCAUCAACGGAAUGGCUAUAAUGUCAAGAGCCAAACCUUAUGAACAAGAGAUGGCUGCUAUGAUUCGAACGGUUUUAAAGAAAGAGCUGGACGUUCCUGUUGUUGAGAUUAAAGAAGAUGGAGUAAAUAUUCAGGGCGCUGACGUUAUUUUCACAGGAAGAGAAUUGUUUGUUGGAAUCUCAAAGUUUACAAAUGAAGCUGGUGCUCUUUUUUUGGCAAAUACUUUUCCUGAACUUCCUUGCAGUCCUAUUCAGGUGCCAUCAUCAGCGGGUGAUAAGCGACUGAGAGAUUACGUCAACAUGGCUGCACCUGGAAUAAUUUGUGUAGGAGGGUGUAAGGAUUCUCAAGAUGUCAUUAAGAGGAUUGAACGACAGGCCAGCUACCGGUAUGAAACGAUCACCAUGCCCAAUGAACACAGUGCGGAAGUGAUUUGUGUGAAUGGAUAUCUUGUCCACUUAAUACCCGAAGAAAAUGUAUUUUCUGACAAACUCAUGUCGUUGUUGAAAAAGGGAAUUGAAAUGAAGGAACUAACGAAAUUGUCGGCCAACUUUUCUCGACUGACAAUUUUCCUGAAUAAGUCUCGACUCAAAAGUUACGUUUAAUGCGAGUCAGAGCGUCGCGAGCAUAUGUAUAUACCUUUCAAAAAUUUUAAGCAAACUAUUAAAAAAUCAUAUGCUCAUUUACAAAGAGAUUCAAAUUAUGCAUAAUAAAUUAUGUCAUAUUAGUAGUUUUAGUUUAGGUACUUCAUCAUACUUACAAAAGGAAUAGCCCAGCCUUCUAUUACUAAGAAAGUAAAAUAGUUUUUCUCAUAAUAAUGGCUAGUAUUGACAUAUGAUUAAAAUGUCACUAGUUAUACAAGUUACAAGUUAUAUUUGUGCUCUAUACAUUUUGUACGCAAUACAAUGUAGUUCAAGUAAUAUAUUAAUCAAAAUUGCAUUCCAAAUAAUAGCUUGUAUGGGCCAAAGGACAGUAUUACACUCAGACAUAAAAAGGUAUUGAAAUAAUAAUUAUGUAUAUUCUUAAUGCAAGUUAAGAAAGAUUUGAAAUAAACUUGUGUAAAAUAAAGCGCAAUAUUCUUGAAUGACCACUAA